AUGGAUGUUGUUGAACGUUGUCAAUUUUAUUUAAAUCUAUUGUUAACUUCAAAUUCAUCGUCAUCAUCAUUAAUGGCGAUACAUAUAUUCUAUAAUUGUACAUCACCUAGAUUCGGUCCAUUGUGUCAAUAUUCAUUGAAUGCUUACAAGUCUCAUCAUUUAACGUUACACGAGAUGAUUUGCGAAUUUUAUCUUCACGAAUACGAACCAACAAUAUUGACGUGUUACAUUCAUUUACAAUGGGAUCGUGGUUCAACAUCUGUAUCUCUUGAUUGGAGUGAAAUAUAUGAUGGAAUUAUCGAUUGUCAAAAUGGAGUCGAUGAAGAAGAUUGUUGGCAAGUGGAAAUAAAUGAAUGUGAAUAUAAUGAAGAUCGAUGUCUAAAUGGACAAUGCAUACCUACGACAUUCUUUCAUGAUGAUCCUAAUAUUUUUGAAUGUAUUGAUCGAUCAGACGAAAGGUUAUCUCAGCAACGAUUAUUUAUAAAUAUGAGUGGUAAGCCUACAUUUACAAAGGAAGAUGUUCUGUGUUCCAUACGUCAUUUCAACUUCAAAAUGAAGCUAACAAGUUCAUGUGUGAUGCAGCGCACCAAUUUACUACAGCAGUUCAUGUUCUCUGAGAAGCCAAGCAUUAUAUAG